GCUAUUCACUUGACGUUACAAUUGAAUGAAAUUUCACAAAACCUUGCGAAACAGCUGCUCGUUUUGCUGUGUUGAUUAGUGAUAGCAAAAUAUAUUUUUAUCGUUCAAGGAGAAAAAAUAUGUUUUUGUUUUUAUAACUUUGUAAAGGCCUUGGCAAAAGCUGUUAUCAGUAGUGUUUUGUGCACGAGUGUGUAAAUUUUAUCGUUUUAUACGCAUUACAAUGUCGAGUGAAAAACCUGUGUCGGAGGGUCAAGGCACCAGUGUGGGGGGAUCGCAUGCCUUGCAGCCCGUUGAAGAUGAGAACACGAAGUCGUGUUGGGUGUGUUUUGCUACGGAAGAUGACGAUCGCUUGGCAGCUUGGGUCCAGCCAUGCAAAUGCAUUGGUACGACCAAAUGGGUACACCAAUCCUGUCUCCAAAGGUGGGUGGACGAGAAACAGCGCGGCAACAUCACACGGAAGGUCCUCUGUCCUCAGUGCAAAGCGGAGUACAUAGUAGUGUUCCCCACGAUGGGUGCUUUCGUCGCGUUGCUGGACGCUAUGGAAGAGGUUACGCAUAAGAUAUGCCCCUUCAUCGCUGGCGGGGUGUUGCUGGGAUCAAUAUACUGGAUCGCGAUUACGUACGGUGCUGUUACGGUUAUGCAGGUGGUGGGACACAGAGAAGGUCUCGAGAUGAUGGAGUCAGCAGAUCCUCUGGUGCUGCUGGUGCUGCUGCCGACGAUCCCCGUGACCCUCAUCAGCGCCAAGAUGUACAACUGGGAGGAUUCGGUGCUACUGUUCCUGAGGAAGUAUUGCGCUAAGAUUCCCGCUUUAGCGUACAUACUGCCUUUUGGCAACGUGGAGGGCGACAGAGGCGCCAUUGUGACGGGCCAGGCGACUCCACAACACCCAACAGCUACUUCCCACCUUUCACCCACCAGAAUAUUCUGUUCGGCAUUACUCCUGCCCACCAUAUCGACCAUAAUCGGCAAAUUAUUCUUCCGCUCAAUUCAAAAUAAUUUGCACAGAACGAUACUAGGGGGACUUACUUACAUCACUAUAAAGGGUGCUCUAAAAAUAUACCAUAAACAAAUGCUGUAUAUUAGGCAUUCGAGUCGAAAGAUCCUUGACUACACAGAGUCGAAUUUGAAGCUAUACAGAGGCGCGGCUACGGCGACUGCGGCGACGUCGACGACGAGUGACGCCGUCGCCAGCACGAGGGAAGAGUCGGAGCAAGUCGUAUGAUAUACAAGGAUAGCCAUAUGAUCCGACGGGAGAUGCGUUUUUUUGUAAAUAUUAUGGUUAUAAUCAACCAUUUGUUUUAGGAAAUCUUCGUACUAUCAGCUGCAAUAGUUGAACAUAUUUUAAAUAUCAAAUCACCAUACAUAAAUCAAACCCACGGCAAGUUCAAAAAAAAUUUUUUUGUUUCUUUAUCAAAAUUAAGAUAAAUCUUCAGUUUUUUUUUUGUUCAAGAAAGUUGCAGUUUUCUGGUAGACUGUAUAUGAAAAUGGUCCGUUUCAUGUAAACGAGUUGUAUGGCUUAAUUUUUUUUACUAUCAAAGCAAAGGAAAUAUGCUCCGCCUGCUUUCUCUAUUGAUUUUUGUUGUUGAAAAGAAAGUGAAAGACGCAGAGUUCUCCCGGUAGACACGGAGCAUUCAAUACUAUUGAAUAUGUAUAUUUUUGUACAUAAAUGUAUAUUUCUAAUUCUGUCGUGUUUUAAAUCAAGAACAAUACUAGAUUUCAUGGGAUUGUUAAAGCAGCUUUUACGACUAAUGUCUUAAAACACGGAAGAAUAUUGAAAUAGUUUAUUAUAUUAUUUAAAAUAUAAUCAAUCUUGUGUAACUAUUAUCGAUAUUAUUUUAGGAAUAUAGAAAAUAUUUCCUAAAAUUAUAUCGAUAUCUAUCGAAUUGGUUAUUGUCAUUAAAAUUAUAUUUUUAAACGAUUUCGAUCAUGAAAAUUGCUUAUUUUUGCUGAACUAACGUAGCAACUCUUAAAAAUCUGUACAUAUACGCAACACAUCACAUUAACAAUAAAUAUUUAUAAUUAUAAUCGAUUAGGACGGUACAUCACUAGUGGACAACACCACUGAUCCAUGACAUGUAACUAACAUAUAACUAACACAAAAAAAAACGAUGUGUAUUUAAAAGUGUAAAUAUAUCACUCAUUAUUCAGUUUACGUUAAUCUUAAUGGCCGGACUGAUGAAGACUGCAAUCGCAAUCUAGAUAUCGAUAUUUGAGAAAACACAUGUAAUCACGCCAAUGGCGAAGUCUAUUCCGAUUCCUGUCGGCUUCCCUUUCGUAACUUAUGUAAAAUCAAAUUAUCAUUUGAACAAUUUGAAGACCUAAUUUAUGCAUAUUAGUAGCACCCUAUAUGUUGUGUCGUUCCCUUUCGGAAAAGUUAUUCUUAGCCACUGACAUACGCCUUAUAUUGUCGAAGUGGUACGCUGGAGCGCAACUAGUGCACCCACUUGUCACUUGUUUUCCGUCCCAUGAUGUGAUAGGGGGCAAACCUACCGCGGAAUCAGGCAGUAAUUCCAGACUCCGGGCUGUAUACAGUACGCGUACAACUACGCCACCGAGACAGUCUUUAAGAAUAAAAUAAUUAAAAUAAGUAUUGUGGAAGCAUGACAAACAAAUUAUUCUAAUUAGUCCAUUUUAGCGAUCGAUCUGAAGAUAGCGGUUGGGAUCGUGUAUUGCAAUCGGUCGUUAAUGUAACGACGUUCGUGACUAACUUCAGGCUGGACAUUAAGAAUAACGUCAAUUUUUAACGCAUUGAGAUUGUCAUAAUAUUUUUUUACGUAUUGAUCAUAAUUUUGUAUAAAUGCUUUGAUUUUGGUAAUCGCAGUACUAAAUAAGACCCUAAAAUAAGACAUUAGGGUCUAGGUAUUAUCGAGAACGAAAUGUAACACCGUAAAUUAUUAAAGUAAUAAUAUAAGUUUGUGGGAAAUUUGUAAUAAGUAACGUUUGCGUAGUCUGUCUUCGUUUGCGAAGAUUUUUAUUUUAACUAUAAUUAUUAAUAUUUUCUUACGACUGGGACAUGUGUAUUAAAGUUUAUAUCGUUUAUUUUGUGGCAAGAAGUGGAUAUUCUAGAAAAAAUCAGUAAAGACAAAUCGAUGUUAUUAAGGUGUUAAAAUUCUCGGACUUUAAUUUGUGUAUUUUGUGUUUCUCUUUCGGUUUUAAUUUUGAUAAAUUAUACUACGGAACUGUAGAAAUGUCUUCAUCUGUUGAUUAAAAAGAUAUAAGAGAAUGAAUGACUUCAAACUUUUACAAGUGGCUGAGUUCAGUUUAUCUGUCAGGUAAGGUUAUGUGAGGUAUUUAUGUGAAUAGAUAUAAAUGGUUACUUAGCGGACUAACAGCUGUUGUGUACGUACUGGAGAAUAGUAGUAGGUACUUUUAAAUAAUACUAUGUGAGUAUUUUUCAGAAUAUAUGGACGUAACCAAAUAGUUUUUAAGAUAUGGUAUUACAUUUUUUUACUGACUCACUGAUGUUUUUUUUAAUACAUUCAUUUUAUAUAUUCGUUGAUAGAACAAAUGUUUAAAACAAACAAAAAAGGACAUGAGAUAGAAAAUUUCGUAAUUUAUUGUUUUGUAUUUUGUUACGUACAUUUAUUUUGAGAAAUACUCACGUAUACUAUAUAUUUGUAAAAUAAAGUAUUGAUAUUUAGUAGUGGGUUACUGCUCCGGUGACGUACUUGUAAUGCAUAUUCGGUACGAUUAUGACUACCGCAGGUCCUGGGUUCGAACCCGGGCCUUAGAAACCACGUAAAGCCUUUGGUCCGAAAUCUCUCUCCGGUCACAUAGGAUCGUCGUCUCACCGGACUAUGAGAGUGAAGGAACCGAGAGUACACCUGUGUAUUGAGCUCGCAUUUGUGCACUAUAAUAUCUUUCGUACCUGGCUAAUCUCCUCUAAGAUUGUUCUUCGUAAUUCGGCUAGGGAUUCGAUUCAUUCUUUUAGGUGAACUAUUUCCUAAAUACCACCUUUGUUAAAAGAAACAGCACAAUAAUUAUAAUUAUUAGGGGAAUACCUAAACAUUAAUAUAUGUGGGGGUGCAAGUUUAUUCAGUUGUGCCAAAUCAUAGAUUUGUGCUGACAAAGACUGGAGAUGUUUUCCAAGAUAAUGUUUAGUACCUAUUUUGAGGGAUUACACGUUUUAUAUUCAUACGUUCAUGUUAUAUUCGAGCAUAAAUUAUUGUUUCAGUAGCUUCAAUUUAAAUUUGUUAAUAAAUUAGGUUUGAGAUAUUAGUAUGGAGAAUUUAGCUUAAAUUUUGUAAUAAAUGCUGAUAUUUUAUAUGAUUGCUACAGUUCAUAGUAAGUGCGGAUUGAGACUUGAAAGUGUAGGUCUGAGGUGGGAUAUUUCUAUCAAUAUUAAUUUGUGUUAGAAAAUAUAAAAUACACCAAAUUUGUAGUUAAGAAGUACAUGAAUAAAGUACUUACUGUAUAUUAGGUUUAAACAAAAAUAUUAAAACACAAUUGGUAUAAAUUAUUAGGCUUUCAAAAAUACUUCCCUUAUUUUGGUAAAAUAAAUGCAGUUUUAUUUUGUCACACUGAAGUUAGUCACUUGAUCUAUACGCUUAUGACAGUUUUGUGUUCGCAAACAAACACAACACUCGUGACUAUCUUCAAACCGUUAGAAUUAAAUCACGCGCAGAGUAUAAUGUGAUAUGUGUAAUGUACAACAUGCGUUGAUGUAGUGCCUUUUAUGCAGACAAACGGCAAAAUAUUUGCGAAAUAGUUUUUAUAAAAUAUAUCACCGAAACACGCUUGAUUUAAUUUGAUUAUCGUUUUUUGCCAUUUAUCAGAUAAGUUGUCGUCAGAAAUUCUUUUUAAUAAUGUUAUUGCUAUAAAUAAAUGUUGGAUGUAAAGUUUUUAUAAUUGUAAUAAGAUAUUACGACAGCAAUAUCUUGCCAACAUAAGUUUAUCUUGUAUGUAAUCCAUCGUCCAUUUUUGUAUUAUUCAUUCAUCAUUCUUUUUAAUAUUUAAUUAUUUUUAAUUUCAAAUUAGUCAUUGUCUUGAGCAUUUCACUAAUUACACCUAAAAUCUAUAAAUGAUUAACGGCCAGUUACUUCAUUGGCAGUAAUAGUCAAAAGUAAAUAAAGCCAAGUUUAAACUAGCAAGUUCUCGCACCGAUAUAAUUUCCAGAUGCGUUAAUACUAGCGGCAAUAUUUUAAUAAUUCUAUAAAAAGUCCUAAAAGCUGGCGAUGUGCUUGCGCAAGUCGACUUUAGCAAGUUUUCUUGCUAAUAUAAACCUUGCUUUACGUUUUUGUUGUGCUCACAUUUAUGGCUUUUACAGCUUUUGAAGGAACUAGCUGUCAAUGUUAUAAAAUUUGUGUCAGGUUUUCAUCUAAAACAUUAUACGUAUUUUAACUAAUAUGUAAUUAUUAGUAAUAAUCGUCAUUUUUAAUAGUUACUACAUAUAAGUGUGGUAAUUAUUAAAACGUCGAUUGCUUUAGAGAUUCAUAACGGUUGUUCUAAUGAAAUGUUCAAGCGAUGUUUAAUGGUCUAGUAUUGCUAGUCUUGUAAACGUAGCUUCGAGCCUGUGGGUGGAUUUUAUAUAAAUGAUGCUUUAUGUAUCAAUAUUGUGUACAUUUUAAAGUAAAUUAAACAUAUUUUUUAUUACUGAGUCUCA